AUGUUGAGACAUACUACUACCAGAUUAUUGAAUAACAUAUCAACCCGUAAUGCUAUUAAUCGUACCACAAUAGCAGCCGCCUUAAGGGUGAUACCAACUAGAAAAUCACUAGCCACUUCAGCCACUAAAAGCAAAGCCAAGCAUGAUGAAGAUAUAGAUGAUUUCAAAUUAGUGGUCCACACUAGUGCUGAUUCAAAACCAGCGGCUAGUAAAAAAACUGCAGCUGAUGCAUCUUCUCCAGGAUCCAACGCUUUAAAAUAUGCCUAUCAAGAAAGAUCUGGUUUUGGUACAAGACCAAUUUACUUAGAUGUUCAAGCAACAACACCAACGGACCCACGUGUUUUGGAUCAAAUGUUGAAAUUUUUUACUGGGCUAUAUGGUAAUCCACAUUCAAACACACAUUCUUAUGGUUGGGAAACAAAUAACGAGAUUGAAAAGGCAAGAGAAAACGUAGCCAAAGUCAUUGGUGCGAACCCAAAGGAAAUUAUUUUUACUAGUGGAGCUACUGAAUCCAACAACAUGGCUUUGAAGGGUGUUGCUCGCUUUUACAAAAAAACCAAAAACCAUAUUAUCACAACUAGGACUGAGCACAAAUGUGUCUUAGAAGCAGCCAGAGCAAUGAAAAAUGAAGGAUACGACAUUACCUUUUUAAAUGUCAACGAGCAAGGGUUAAUUGACUUGAAAGAAUUGGAGAAGGCAAUCAGACCAGAAACUUGUUUAGUCAGUGUAAUGGCUGUUAACAACGAAAUCGGUGUAAUGCAGCCAAUCAAGGAAAUCGGAUCUAUUUGCAGAAAACACAAAGUUUUUUUCCAUACUGACGCUGCUCAAGCUUAUGGUAAAAUACCACUAGAUGUUAAUGAAAUGAACAUUGAUUUGAUGUCUGUAUCUUCACAUAAAAUAUAUGGUCCAAAGGGUGUCGGUGCUAUCUACGUUAGAAGAAGACCAAGAGUUAGAUUAGAACCAAUUAUAAGUGGGGGAGGUCAAGAAAGAGGGCUUAGAUCAGGUACAUUAUCGCCACCAUUGGUUUGUGGGUUUGGUGAAGCUGCCAGGUUGGUUAGAGAAGAAUAUGAAGCCGAUAGUGAGCAUAUAAAGAAGCUGAGCAAGAAACUAACCGAUGGUUUAUUAAGUAUUGAACAAACUACACUAAACGGAUCACCAAUACAUCACUUUCCCGGUUGCGUUAACAUAUCAUUUGCUUACGUUGAAGGUGAGUCUCUAUUGAUGGCUUUAAGAGAUAUUGCACUAAGUAGUGGCAGUGCAUGUACGUCUGCCUCUUUGGAGCCCUCAUAUGUUUUGCAUGCUUUAGGUAAAGACGAUGCUUUGGCUCAUUCUAGUAUUAGAUUUGGUAUUGGUAGAUUUACUACUGAGGAGGAAAUUGAUUAUGUUAUUAAGGCCAUUAAAGAAAGAGUUGAGUUUUUAAGAGAGUUGAGUCCAUUGUGGGAAAUGGUCAAGGAGGGUAUUGACUUGAAUUCAAUUGAAUGGUCAGGCCAUUAG